UUUUCGUCGUCUCCAGGCACAUCUCCACUGUCUCCCCACCGCAAGACUCUCUGUCGAAGCAUCCAAGAACACACUCCGCCCCCUAGCAUCCGACUAUCCUUCCUAGUUCGGUCCUUGGGAUCUGGGCCCCCGUUUUUCCUUGCCAUGGUCCCUACCCCGAGGAUGGGGUGCCGCCAAUCCCUAGGAUGGAGGCGACGUUUUGUCUUGCCGACGGAUGGGCCAUUCGAGUAAAACCUUUCAUUUCACUCAAUCUAUUUUUUUAUUUUUAUUAUUACGCGCACUAAUAAUGUCACGAUGCCGUUCUUUAACUUCCGAGCCUGUGUUAUAUAUCUCCGCGUCUCCCACGUUUCCUCCCCGGGUUUCUUCCUCUUCUCAUACCAUACCUUAACACAUCACGUCAAUCACUUCUGAGGAUUCAAUCCCUCGUGAAUCCAUCCCUCACCAUGGGUGUCUCCAAUCUGAUGGCCCGGUUCAAACCCCAGGCCGAACAACCUGAACACCAGGAGCAUUCCGAUACUCCUACUCCCGUCAGAGCCGACUCGAAUCUGGAGAAGGACAAUGUUAUGCUCGACGACAGCCCCGUCCAGUAUCUGACAUGGCGAUCCUUCGUCCUUGGUAUCGUUGCCUCUAUGGGUGGUUUCAUCUUCGGUUACUCAACUGGUCAAAUUGCUGGCUUUACCACUAUGCAUGACUUUAAGAUUCGUUUCGCGGAACGUCACGCUGAUGGAACAUACGCGUUCAGCAAUGUUCGCAAUGGUUUGAUCGUCGGCCUGUUGUCCAUCGGUACUAUGAUUGGCGCCUUGGUCGCUGCUCCUAUCGCCGACCGCAUGGGCCGCAAGUUUUCUCUCUCUUUCUGGUCGGUGGUCCAUAUCGUUGGUAUCAUCGUUCAGAUUUCGACCACCGACAAGUGGUACCAGGUUGCAAUGGGCCGUUGGGUAGCCGGUUUGGGUGUUGGCGCUCUGUCCAGCGUUGUCCCUAUGUACCAGAGUGAAUCUGCCCCCCGUCAAGUCCGUGGUGCCAUGGUCAGUGCCUUCCAGUUGUUCGUGGCCUUUGGCAUUUUCAUCUCUUAUCUUGUCAACUUUGGUACCGAAUCCAUCAACGGUACCGGUUCCUGGCGUAUCACCAUGGGUAUCGGUUUUGCCUGGCCCUUGAUUCUGGGUGUUGGUACCUUGUUCCUCCCUGAGUCUCCCCGUUAUGCCUACCGCAAGGGUCGUGUCGAGGAAGCCCGUGAUGUUAUGUGCAAGCUUUACGGCGUUGGGCCCAACCACCGGUGUAUCGCACAGGAGAUGAAGGAUAUGAAGGACAAGCUCGACGAAGAGAAGGCUGCCGGACAGGCUGGCCUCUUCGAGGUCUUCACUGGCCCCCGUAUGUUUUAUCGUGUCAUGCUUGGAAUUGUUCUGCAGUCCCUGCAGCAGCUCACUGGAGCCAACUUCCUCUUCUACUACGGUAACACGGUCUUCAACUCUACUGGUCUGGACAAUAGCUACGUAACCCAAAUUAUUCUGGGUGCUGUCAACUUCGGCAUGACUCUUCCUGGUCUUUAUGUUGUGGAGCACUAUGGUCGUCGUAACAGUCUGAUGGUCGGUGCCGGCUGGAUGUUCAUCUGCUUCAUGAUCUGGGCCUCUAUCGGUCACUUCGCCCUGGAUUUGGAGAACCCUCCCAACACUCCCAAGUCCGGUACUGCCAUGAUUGUCUUCACCUGCUUCUUCAUCGUCGGUUUCGCCACCACCUGGGGUCCUAUUGUGUGGGCUAUCUGUGGUGAGAUGUAUCCUGCCCGCUACCGUGCCGUCUGCAUUGGUCUUGCCACCGCCGCCAACUGGACCUGGAACUUCUUGAUCUCCUUCUUCACCCCAUUCAUCUCCAGCGCCAUCGACUUUGCCUACGGCUACGUCUUCGCAGGCUGCUGUUUGGCCGCCGUCUUUAUCGUCUUCUUCUUCGUCAACGAGACCCAGGGUCGUACCUUGGAAGAAGUCGACACCAUGUACGUCCUCCAUGUCAAGCCCUGGAAGAGUUCCAGCUGGGUGCCCCCGGAGGGCAUCGUCCGCGAUCUCCACGGACCUCCCGCUUCUCCCAAGCAGGAGGGCCAGGCCGAGCACAGCGAGCCUGCUACUGAGAUCCGCGAGUAAACGGUAUCACGUCUGAAUCAGAUACGGCUGUCUACGCAUUGAUACAACGCUAUUGUGUCCCCCCGUCCCCUGUACCCUUUUAAUGUUUGUUGUUUUGGGCGCAACUAUUCUCCUUUUGAUAUACCGAUGUGAAUGCAUGCAUGCAUGAGUACAUAUGUUGAGGGGCCAUGACUAUGGCAUGAUUUGGAUCUAAGGAACCUUUUACCGGCGUUUUGGGUGGGUAAAUCAGCAAAGCAAAACACUACGAGCUUAUGCAGUUAAAGAG